AUGAAGACGACAAAUUGGGUCUGUUGGCUGUUGGUCGCGUGUGUUUGCCUUGUCGACGCCAGGUACAAGAUCAGAAGACCCCCGUUACCUCCGCCACAGCCGCCGAAACUGAUGUACAAGAAGUCCUGGCCGAUAUCCCAUAGAAUCUCAAUGGGGAAUACUGUGCACGUAAAUGGAAACUUCCCGCCGAAACGAAUGCCACAUAAACCACCACCGAAUUACAGAAUUCGACGACCACCGAUGUUCAACGUACCACCGACCAUUUGGAAGAAUCCGAUGCCAAUAAGAGCUUUUAUAAACAAUCACGCGGUUCUGCCGCAACGUCCACCCGUUAAAGAGUUCCAUUCUGUGAAUAAAAUGCCAGAAUACAGUCCAGAGUAUAGACCGGAAGCCGCUGUUCUACCACCGACACACAGGGGUGGCGUCGACGACGACAAAGGACCGAUACAUACAAUUCCAGCGCCUAAUCUCAGCCCUAUGGACAAGCCUUUCAACGGCGAGGCGAAUACAGAAGAAACCUCUCAGCGUCAGCAGACAACCGAUGCCACUUAUAAAGUGAAUCUACACGGUGGGUUGCUACCAAACUUUGAUCUAGCUGCAAUCAGUACCAGCUUACCUCCACAGAAGCCAGUAACAAGUCCCACACCAACUCAGCAUCAAUACGAAGUAACCGAAAGCAACGAUAUCGGUCAGAAAGAGUAUCAAACUGUUCUACCUACGUUCUUGCCACCAGAAUUUGCGACGCUUUCGACGUUAGUGAAUCCCGACUUGCAGUCGAACGACGUCUAUCUAAACACUCAUCCAGGAUCAAACAUGGGACUAAUAGGAACUAACAUUCAACUUGGACAGCCUCAUCUACCAAUGCAAACGAAUCUUCACAGUUCUUUGCACGUCGGUUUCCCCGGUACCGCUGGUCAAACUCCUUACAUUAUAAAUCAACAGAUACCCGACCUCCAUGUUGGUCAUCCGGCUCCAGCUGGUCCUCCGCUUUCAGCCACGCAACUGUACGAUCUCCUGAACAGUUUCCCUCAAAAAAUGCCGGAACAGUAUCAGACAGGUCAACAGCCGCAACUUCAGCAACACAUUCUUCAGCAGCAACUCGGUCAAUUCUUCCAGCCCACCGGAGUGACUGGUUUCUCUCAGCCCCAGAUGCAAUCGUUCAAUUACGACGAGCAGGACAACAAGGAGCAGCAACAGCAACACCUUCUGUACAAUCAGGACUACGUUGCUGGCAGGGUGAAUACAAAUUACAACGUGGGACCAGAGACUUCGAUGGACGAGCAGGAAAAUGAGAAUCUGCAGCAGAACGAAGACCUCGCUUACAUCAGCGACGGAAAUGAGCAAUUGGAGAACAACAUCGAUUACGAGGAAACGAACAGUCAGAAGGGUCAGACGACGUAUUUCAACAAAGUGGCCAACAACGAUGGUAUAUCCACGCAAUUCUAUACUACACUGCCUAAUCGUGAAGCUGCUGAGAAAUUGGCAGCUCUAGCAGCCGCUGGGAAUGUGAACAGCCAAUUGAUAGGACAAUUAAGAAAGCAACAACAGCAGCAGCAGCAGCAGCAGCAGCAGCAACAGGAGACUGUACAAAGUGAAGAAAAUAUGCCACCUAAUCAUAAGAAUGAAGAGUACAAGGCAAACGAGCAAAUUAACGAGGAUGGACGUUACGAUCAGAAUUAUUAUCAGAAUCGACAAAAACAACGGCUCGGUCAACAAGAGCAUGAACAACAAUUGCAGCAGUACGAGGAGCAAAGGAAGGAGUACGAUAGGCAGCAGCAACAGCAUCGUCAGCGACAAGGUGCGUACAGCAACAAACGACCAUUGAGAAUUAUGGUGCCAGACGAGAAUGAUUAUAGCAACAACGAGCAACAACAACAACACGAGGAAGCGAAGGAAAAUGUAGAAGUUGAAUACGAGUAUGAGAACGACGAAGGUGAUAUUGGUAAUUCGCAGCCUGACACGUCCUACGAUCAGUCGAAUGCCGAAUUUGGAUCACGCUUGAACCCCAAGACUGCAGUAUAA